GCAUGACGUAAGGUGACCACAGAAGCGAUUUUGGGAUUUACUGUUUUAUUGUCGCAGGCGAGGUUUUUUCAUCAGUUGAUCUGUUUUUUCUACAGCGUGAAGAAUGAGAGAGAUUGUUCAUUUGCAAGCCGGACAGUGCGGCAACCAAAUUGGUGCCAAGUUCUGGGAAGUCAUUAGCGAUGAGCAUGGGAUUGAUCCUACAGGCAGUUACCAUGGCGAUAGUGAUCUUCAGCUGGACAGAAUUAAUGUCUACUACAAUGAAGCUACAGGAGGCAAGUAUGUCCCCCGUGCUGUCCUAGUAGAUUUGGAGCCGGGUACCAUGGACUCUGUGAGGUCUGGACCUUUCGGGCAAAUUUUCAGACCUGACAACUUUGUUUUUGGCCAGAGUGGUGCUGGUAAUAACUGGGCCAAGGGCCACUACACGGAAGGUGCUGAGCUGGUGGACUCAGUCUUGGAUGUGGUGCGUAAGGAGGCUGAGAGCUGCGACUGCCUGCAGGGCUUCCAACUCACUCACUCGCUGGGUGGUGGUACUGGGUCAGGCAUGGGCACCCUGCUCAUCAGCAAAAUCCGUGAGGAGUACCCUGACCGCAUUAUGAACACCUUCAGUGUUGUGCCCUCACCCAAAGUCUCCGAUACAGUGGUGGAGCCUUACAAUGCCACACUGUCUGUCCACCAACUGGUAGAGAACACGGACGAGACGUACUGCAUUGACAACGAAGCCCUGUACGACAUCUGUUUCCGCACCCUCAAACUCACAACACCAACAUACGGUGACCUCAACCACUUGGUUUCUGCCACCAUGAGUGGAGUUACAACAUGUCUGAGGUUCCCUGGGCAGCUCAAUGCUGAUCUGCGCAAACUGGCAGUCAACAUGGUGCCCUUCCCCCGUCUGCACUUCUUCAUGCCUGGUUUUGCCCCACUGACCAGCAGGGGUAGCCAGCAAUAUCGUGCUCUCACUGUACCUGAAUUAACCCAGCAGAUGUUCGAUGCCAAGAACAUGAUGGCUGCUUGUGAUCCACGUCACGGUCGCUACCUCACGGUGGCUGCUAUUUUCCGUGGCCGCAUGUCCAUGAAGGAGGUGGAUGAGCAGAUGCUGAAUGUGCAGAACAAGAACAGCAGCUACUUUGUUGAAUGGAUCCCCAACAACGUGAAGACAGCUGUGUGCGACAUCCCACCCCGUGGCCUGAAGAUGGCUGCCACCUUCAUUGGGAACAGCACAGCUAUCCAAGAGCUGUUCAAGCGCAUCUCCGAGCAGUUCACGGCCAUGUUCAGACGCAAGGCUUUCCUGCACUGGUACACGGGUGAGGGCAUGGAUGAGAUGGAGUUCACGGAGGCUGAGAGCAACAUGAAUGACCUGGUGUCUGAGUACCAGCAGUACCAGGAAGCAACUGCUGAAGAAGAAGGAGAGUUUGAUGAGGAGGAAGAAGAGGAGCCUUAAAUAUAUUUUGUCAGUAACUUUUUUUUCAUAACGUGUGUGUGUGUGUAUAUAUAUGUAUGUAUAUAAAAUACAAUACAAUUGGGGCAGUACAGUGGUGUAGUGGUUAGCACUGUCGCCUCACAGCAAGAAGUUCCUGGGUUCGAGCCCAGCGGCCGGCGAGGGCCUUUCUGUGUGGAGUUUGCAUGUUCUCCCCGUGUCUGCGUGGGUUUCCUCCGGGUGCUCCAGUUUCCCUCACAGUCCAAAGACAUGCACGUUAGGUUAAUUGGUGGCUCUAAAUUGACCGUAGGUCUGAAUGUGAGUGUGAAUGGUUGUUUAUCUCUGUGUCAGCCCUGCGAUAACCUGGCGGCUUGUCCAGGGUGUACCCUGCCUCUCGCUCAUAGUCAGCUGGGAUAGGCUCCAGCUUGCCUGCGACCCUGCACAGGAUAAGCAGCUACAGAUGAUGGAUGGAUGGAUAAUACGAUUGACAAAUAUAAAAUAAUAGAAUAAAGACAAAGCUAAAUAAGGACAAUUCAGGUGUUGUGGCAGCUCAAGUACAGAGUAAAAUAUAGAUAAAUGGAGAGAUGAAAAAAUUAGAAUACACAGAAUAAAGAUGGAUAAUAUAAAAUGGAAUAAAGACAGAGCUAAAUAUGGACAACUGCUCACAAAGACAGCAACAAACAAGAAUUGGUAGUGGCACGACAUCCACUAGCGGUGUAGAGCCAUAUAAAGUGACAGGGAAGUGAGGUAGCCACAGGUAUCAUGGAGCUGUAACACUAGUGCAACAUACUAUUGGAAAAAGGACAAAAUAUAGAGGAUGUGCAGUCACGUGACCCAUCUGUGUUUACUCCGCCAUAUUGGACGGCUUCAGGAUUGUUUACCUUGCGCGAGCGUAAUGGAUCCAGGGAGUAAUCCCCAAGAAAAUUCGGAAAAUACCCCAUCUACAUCGCGCGAUAACUUGUCUAAGUUUGUUCAGCAUCUUGAAGGUGACGUGAGGCAGCGUUACGUGGAAAAGUGUUCCAGGUUGGGGAUUGCAGAUCCGUACAACUUGCCGCAAUCCUUGUUCAGGGAAAUUCGGAGCUGCGGUGCCGGCGAUUUGACGCGGUACGCGGUGGUCCGGACUACCGUUGUGGUCCGGACCACGCCGUUUUCAGGUGUGGUCCGGACCACCAAGUUCAGAAGACAAAUAAAAAGUCUUACUGUGAAGUUGGUAAAAUUAUUUUUCACUUCCCUCGUGGCAGCUCCCGCUUUUUUACAUGCGUUAGAACUGGUAUCUUUUAUUGCGCGUGUGUUUUACGCAUGCAUUUCUCUUCCGGUUUGAGAAAAAAUAACAAAUGAUGUACGACUUUGUAAAAAAACUCGUAUUAAAUGACAAACACAGUAUGAUUUUGGUAAGUUUUUAUUUAUAUCGUAAUAUAAUACAGCAUACGGUGAACCGGACCACAAUCCAGGAAAAAUAAUUAAUUAAUGCCCUCAUUUUGUAUGGAAAAUACGGUGAUCCGGACCACCGCGUACCGCGUCAUUUGCCAGAUCUGGCCUACCACGACAUUUACAAUUUUCUUGUUAAUCGUGAAUCGUGUUACACUGGCAAAGCCCUCAAAGCUUACAAGAGCCUGGAAGCUUAUAAAUAUUUUGUUGUGGGAUGGGUAUCCCAACUAUACCUCUGGAAGGUUCCGAAGAAGAAUGUCUACUUAAUAACCUCACGGGUAAGUGGCAUUAAGACGUUUAUCAUAAAGAGACUAUGCAGGACGUUUUAUCGUAAGAAUUGUUCAAAAUCUAAACUCAGUUCCAGAUAAUGACAGGGUUGUAAAUAUGUACAUUUUUGUCUGAAAAAAAAAUCACACCACCACUAUUUGUGCAGAAUUAUUAUUCAAGAUCAGAUAUAAAUGUAUUAGAAGAUUACACCUACCUGAUAUGAAGUGUGCACUACAAAUUCGGCUGGUAGAACUGGGGUACCAGUUUUCUCUUCGCACAGCGGACACCCAUUUUGCGCGUCUCUCCUCGUCUGCAGGGAAUCUAUAAAAUGACAGGCCCUCCUUUUGGCCCUUUCUAUUGGUACAACCAAAUGCUGAACAAGAUAUAACUAUUCUCGAAAGAUCUACUCCCACACACUUGAUAAUUAGAACGGGUUCGUCUAAGUUCUAUGUGCGGCCAUGCCGUCCAAGAUGGCAGAUAAACAAAUAUCACGUGACCUCGUGACGUCACGUGCACGCUCUCUAUACAGAAUAUAUACAUAUGUGCACUGUGUGCAAUGUUCCACAUGAGUCCUGUGCAGGAGAGUGUGUAUGUGUGUGUAUGUGCAAUGUUCCACAUUUUUCUGUUCAACUUUCCUUUUCUCCCCCUUUUGAUUUAUUUGUUUCUCAGAUUCUGUGUUUCUUAUGUGCCUUCCAAGUUCUUUGUCUGUUUAAUACCAAUAAAACAUGCAAUUAAUAAUCACAA